UAAGCCAAACACCAAGCUGCUAUUGAAUAAGUUGAUUCAUUUUCGUCUCUUAUUUGCUUAUUCAGUAACGCCCUAUUCGAGAGUUAGGGCUCGAUGUUGUCAGAGAGACAGACUUAAAUAGCGGGGCGUCAGCACAACAGUUCCUAUGAUGGAGGCAUUAAGUGGCAACAGAUUAUAACCGAGGGGUGUAGGUGUAAUUAACAUAUAAUUAUUAGUCAUCAUCUUCGGAGCAAACAAAAGGUAGAUUUGUUCCCUCGUCUUCUCCGUCAUCUUCAGCGUCUUCUCGAUCGGAAGAACUGUACAUUUUCCGUUGCAUCCUCUGUUUCCUUUUCCCUUUCCGGUGUUGAUAAGCCGUUGCUUUGUUUGUUUCGUUUCUGAUUUAUUAGUUGUUAAGCUUGGGGCUUUGCUUGGUUUCCGAUCAUCUCUGAAAUGCACGGCGAACUAUAGGUACGCAAGAGAAACGGAUUUCCUGUUCGAUUGUUGGCUUAUUUGGUUGACGCUGAAGAAUAGGUCUCUCUUUUUCUCCAUUGUCUGCGUGUUUUUGUUUGCAGCUAGGGUUUCAGUGAUUGGCUGUAUAUAGAAAGGUUAUUAGAGAAGCAUCCCGAGUUAUGUCUACAUGUGAUUGAAACGAUGGCCAGUGUCUAACUAAUGAAUGUUUUAGAUGAACUUGGUACAGUGCUGAGUAAAGCUUUGAAUCCAAAAAUGGAAGUUCAGAAGUCUUGCUCAUUGUUUUGAAGAACAGGGUCAUGCUUCGUUUGGCCAAACUGAAUAGAUACAGUGAAAUUGUUCCGAGAAAAUUUUCAUGGAUUUGUACCUUUGCCUUCGAGUCUACCUCUCGGAUUUGGAUCCAUUCCUCUGCAGAGAAAGAUACUGAAAUUGAGAGAAUCAUCAAAGUUGUGAACGACCAUCCAUUCCCUGAUCAUCCACUUCGCCCGACACUUCUGCAGCAUGUCCCCCCGUCUGCACUUUCAACUCGGCUCGUGGAAGAUGUGCUUGGUGGCCUCUUUGGAGCACACUCCAAUGGCCUUAAAGCCUUCGAAUUCUUCAAAUUCUCCCUUCAACAGUCCUGCUUUCGCCCAAGUUCGGGCGCAUUUGAGAAGACACUGCAUAUCCUUGCGCGAAUGCGCUAUUUUGAUAAAGCUUGGGAACUGAUGGAAGAAAUCCGACAAAAACACCCUGCCUUGUUGACCCUCAAAUCUAUGAGCAUCAUGUUAGCGAGAAUUGCAAAGUUCCAGACCUAUGAAGAUACCCUUGAAGCAUUCGAGAGGAUGGAGGAAAAUAUAUUUGUAGGGAGGAAAUUUGGCACUGAUGAGUUCAAUGUACUACUUAGAGCAUUUUGCACGCAGAGGAAGAUGAAGGAGGCAAAAUCUGUGUUCAACAAGAUGCAUCCUCGAUUUUCUCCCAACACCAAAACAAUGAAUAUUUUGCUGUUGGGGUUCAAGGAAUCCGGUAAUGUUACUGCAGUAGAAUUAUUCUACCAUGAGAUGGUUCGGAGAGGCUUUAAGCCUAAUAAUGUCACUUAUAACAUCAGAAUUGAUGCUUACUGCAAGAAAGGGUGUUUUGCUGAUGGUUUGAGACUUCUAAAAGAGAUGGAACGUGCAAAUUGCUUGCCUACAAUAGAAACAAUAACUACUUUAAUUCAUGGAGCAGGGCUCGCUCGAAACACUACCAAGGCAAGAGAGUUGUUCAAUGAAAUUCCUAGAAGAAACUUAAGACCUGAUAUUGGAACUUAUAAUGCUCUAAUGAGUUGUUUUGUUAGAUUCAGAGAUGUGAAGGCUGCAGCCGGCUUAAUGGAUGAAAUGGAAGAAAAAGGUAUCAGGCACGACAAUGUUACUUAUCAUACCAUGUUCUUGGGAUUCAUAAGGUCAAAAGAUAUGGACUGUGUUUCUGAACUCUAUGAGAAGAUGACAGAGAAAAAUUUUGUACCCAAGACACGAACAGUGGUGAUGUUGAUGAAGUUUUUCUGCAUAAAUCGGCAGCCUGAUAUGGGGUUGAAUCUGUGGCAUUACUUAUCAGAAAAAGGCCAUUGUGCCCAUUGUCAUGCAUUGGAUCUGUUGGUGACAGCACUAUGCUCACAUGGUAGAGUGCAAGAAGCUUUUGAGUGCUCAAAACAAAUGCUGGAAAGGGGGAGGUAUAUGAGUGAGGCCGCGUUUCGGAUGUUGGAGAGGUUUUUUCUGCAGGCUGGAGAUAUGGAGAAGUUAAGGAAGCUUGACCAGAUGAUCAAGAGAUUACAGAAGAUUUUACCUCCAUCCAGAGGGCAUGCCACUGGCAUUCUUUCUCUCACCACCACAUGAAAAUCUAGUUUAAUUUGUUUAUUUAUUAUUAUUUUUUUUCAUCACAAAGCUAGCUCUAUUGCUAUGUUGUAAUCCUUGUAUUGGCAUUUCUUCUAAUCCAUCAUCUUUUCAGUAGGUAUCUCGGUUUCGCUUCUCAAAUGAAUUGUCUUCUGAAUUUUUUUGUUAAUUUUUGCCAAGGAAAUGGUGCCUUUUUCCUUUCAGUGUUCAUUUGGUCUUGAAAUCCAAGCAGAAGCAUUCCGAUCAAACUGUUCUGGCGGUAAGUAAUACAGGAAGGCUGGUGCCCAACAGUCUGUCCAUGGGCCCGGUAACCUGGGAAUCAAAUUGAAUCAAUGUGAUUUGGUAACUUCAAUCGAGUUUUUUUCUCAUGUCACUUCAAUUCUGAGUCUGAAUUUUCAGACCAUUUAACAUCAUCGAACUUCCUCUAAAUCUCAGUUAAACCAUCUUUGUUGAAGUAUCCAACAGUCUUCUUGUGGGAAGUACUUUAUAAGGCAUAAACACGAAGAACAAGAGGAAAAUGGAGGAUGGCUGGAUAAACUUGAUGCCAAAGCAAAAAUAGAAUAUGUUCAGCUAUGAACAUGAAAAGUGAGAAACAGAGAUGAAUAUUAUGUUGCCUCUAACAAAAGGAAGUUAAGACACUGCAUGUCAAUGAGAUGUGCUCUCCUGUG